AUGAAUCAAAGGUGAGCAUUUCUUGCUGUAUUAUGUAUAAUAAUAUUCUCUAUGCCCUAUAUUUCUGUUUACCAUUGUUACAAAUUAUGGAGCUCUCAUCAACCAUGCGGAGGGCAUAAUGGUUUUCUUAUAUGAUAAAACUGAAGUUUAAGUGUUUUAGCAUUUCAUAUAUUUUCGGGCCAGGUAGUGAGAUCGAAGAAAAAAGAAGCUCCACCUUAUGAUAAAACUGAAGUUGUUGAACUUCCAACCAAGAGAUAUUGCACAAGGCAACAGAAAAAACAGGGAUUGUCUCCUUUGGAACACUCCACAUCUUGCCUUGAAAAGUCUCCAUUAAAAAGGGCACGUCAGAGUAAUGAGGAUAAUCUGUUUUCUGAUUCGGAAGAAUCUGAAGACUCUCAAGGUUUUGGACUCUGGGAAUAACUUCGAUCCUCUGCGUAAUUGCAACACACAACUGGAGGAAAGUCUCAAUCUGAUAGGUGAAGAUAGUUCUUCAGAUUUUGAUGAAGACGGCUUGAAGUUGUUGGAAGUGGAAUCGUUGAAUACGGACAACAAAGAUAAUGUUUUUGAUUUGCCAGAGUUUGUAGCUGCAUCAUCUACUCCGAAGGGUGACCUGGAAAUGUCUAUGAUUUGCCACUCUUCUCCACAGUCUGAUUUCUGUCCUCCACAUUUUGAUGAAGCUCUAGAAAUGGUGGAAGAGACACACAUAAAAUCAUGUAGGGUUGAAGAAUGGUUUGUGGAAACAGGAACUGAUUCCACCUUUUAUGCUGCACAAGAUGUUCUUGCCAGUAAAUAUGAUCAUCUAAGUUUUCAAAGUGAAUUAAUUUUAUGUAAAAAUCUUAUCAAGGUUAUACCCCAUAUACCCAAACAUAUAGCUUUUGGUUGUUAUGAUGGUCUUCAAUGCUUAAUUGGUUUUGCAAGAAAGGAUAUUGAGAACAUCGUUGGUGAAACCGCAAAGAGAUUAAAGGUGAUCUAAGGCUGUAGAUCUUCAAAAUUAUGCAAGGUGGAGGCUGCUCAUAACUACCAUUCUUCACAUGGAGUCAUUAAAUCCUUUGUUUAUAUUGAUGACAUAAGUAGAGGUGAAGAAAGAGUGAAAGUUUCCUUGGAGAAUGGAAGAAAUGCUGGA